AUGCGAAACGUGAUCGACCAGUUUGGUCCAGGUUUUGGCGGGCCUCCUGAUAGCUGGCCCUACGAAGAGGACGAGUACCCGAGGCCUUGGUCAACCAGCGAGAUCACCUUCUUUGACCGGGAGAAGAUUACUGAAGUUCCCGUUGAGAGACCUCGCUUCGGUGGCUCAGGCCCUGUCUGGGGCUGCUCCAUGCUCAUCGUCGUGUCCCCGAAAGCCGUCUGGACCAGUCACUUCUGGGAAGUUCCCGGACACACGAGAGGAGAGGCAGAGCCUAACAACGCGUGGCUCCAGGAGGCGUACCCCCUGCCUACGGAACAGUACUUGAAGGAAGACAUCAUCGACCACAUCGGGACCGGCAACUUCAGAGGUAACAAACGUUCUCUGACCGCGAAUCCCCUAGACGAACAUGAGAACCCGGGGCUUGCCCAGUACUUCCAGCCUGGCGGACCUUUCAACGUGCAGGAAAUGGACUUUGUCAAGGCCUUCAUUGUCUCCCGCGGGUCUCUCCCUCCGUUCCCCGAGGACGUGAUGAUGCAUCACAGCGUCGUUGUCCAGAUCAAGGAGAAGCUCCUCCUCGACUUUGGGCUGUCCAUCGACGAGAUGGUGGAUAUCGCGUAUCGCCCGCACUUCGAGAGCGACCUUGGCAAGUCGAGGGAAGACCACCCCGAGUGGGGCGUCUUUUCUUGGGAGUACCAUCCCCACGACGACAGCAUGGGUCUUGGGAUAGGCUUCAAGGCCUUGAGGCUGCGAUGGGAGAAGAACGUUGUGUGGGAGAACUUGUGGUGUGGUGAUGGCCACCGAGUCGUGCCGCCUACAGACGACGACCUGUUCUGGCCGCCUCUUCCGCCAAUUGAUCCCGAGGACGCCAGAGGUGAUCCCAUGAUUGAAGGCCGACAAGCGUCCGCUCCCGCUUGCAAGGUCCCAGAAAAGCUGGUGCCCUCAUCCUCGAUGACAUUCACGCGCACCUCAGUUGCUCUGCCACUCCCGACCGAGUCCUGCGUCUCGAACUCCGAGUGCGGCUCCCUCAGCUGUCCAGACAGCCGACAAGCCAUGUGCUUCUUCGACCACUGUCGGUGUGUCAUCAAGGAGAGGAACGACAACCUCACAAUCACCUCAAGCCUCACCAACGCCCGUACCAGAGCCUGGUCGACCCGCGUCACCUCCCUAAACACCACAACCAGCUUUCCCCUGACGGUAGAAACACCCUGGACCGGCACCGAGCCCUUCACGACCGUCGUCCUCUCCGAGUGGGAGCCCAUCCCGACCAAGACCAUCCCCACCGUCAUCCCCCAGCCCUCCGGCGCCGGCUCGACAUGCGCCUGGGCCCGGAACUGCAUCACCCUGCCCUGCCUGGACGACAUGUAUCCAGCCUGCGUCAAGCCUGCCGAUGGCAACCGCUGCGAGCCCAUUCCUCGGGAGGUCGGCGCCGCGUGCAAGCUCGACUCCCACUGCACCGGCCUCAUGUCGUGCAACAUCGUCCAGUCCGGCUUCUGCAAUAGCUGCAGCUGCGAGUGCGCCAUCAAGUUCACCGACGACACCGGCUGCGCCAAGCACGCGGACUGCACCUACGUCCUCCGCAACAACGAGACGCACCCGUACAAGACGUGCUCGCGCGAGAAUAAGUGCGAGCUCACCGUCUCCGAGCCGUUCCACCGCCCCGAGCGUGCCGGUGGGGUGUGCAAGGAGUCCAAGGAGUGCGUUGGUAUUGCCUGCGACCAGCGCAGCGACCGCAAGGUCUGCGAGAGCGGCAAGUGUGCGUGUAAGCCGUGGCGAUGCGAUACCCAUGCCAGCUGCUCCGGCGAGUUUGGCCCUGCGAGUUGUACCUCCGCGAAUAAUGUCAUGUGCUGGGAGGGGGAGUGCCACUGCCAGCAUUGCAUGAUUGCGCUUGAGGACGUGGAGGAGUGUAAGGAGGGUAAGGAGUGUGCGAAGAACUGCUGCGGACAGAGGCUUGGCGAGGUCUCGGUUUGCCGCGACAAGAAGUGCGCUUGUGUUUCCUCGUUGUGA